GUGCGCAGUGCCGCCCAAUGAGACGCAGGCCGCGCGGUAUUUGAAUCGGAACAAGGCGACUUCGCCAAAGAUCCCAGCGCUGCGGGUCCGGAGUGCAGUCCUAACGGCGCCGCGGACCCUACUGCCUUCCUACCCCCGUCCGCGUCCGUUCCUGGGCCGGGCUGGCACUCUUGCCUUCCCUGUCCCUCAUGGCGCUGCUCCGACGCCCGACGGUGUCCGGUGAUUUGGAGAAUAUUGACACAGGAGUUAAUUCUAAAGCUAAGAGACAUGUGACUUUUAGACGAGCUGUUUUAGAAGAAAUUGGAAAUAGAGUUACAACCAGAGCAGCACACAUACCUAAGAAAACUCAGAACACCAAAGUACCAGUACAAUCCACCAAAACAGCAAAUGUCAACAAACAACUGAAACCUACUGCCUCUGUGAAACCAGUACAGCUGGAAAUGUUGGCUUCAAAGGAUCCUUCUCCCACACCUGAGGAUGUCUCCAUGAAGGAAGAGAACCUCUGCCAAGCUUUCUCUGAUGCUUUGCUCUGCAAGAUAGAGGAUAUUGAUAAUGAAGAUUCGGAGAACCCUCAGCUCUGCAGUGACUACGUGAAGGAUAUCUACCAGUACCUCAGGCAGUUGGAGGUUUCGCAAUCCAUUAACCCACAUUUCUUAGAUGGAAGAGAUAUAAACGGACGUAUGCGUGCCAUCCUGGUGGACUGGCUGGUGCAAGUCCACUCCAAGUUCAGGCUUCUGCAGGAGACUCUGUACAUGUGUGUUGCCAUCAUGGAUCGGUUUUUACAGGCUCAGCCAGUCUCCCGUAAGAAGCUUCAGCUGGUGGGGAUUACUGCUCUGCUCUUGGCUUCCAAGUAUGAGGAGAUGUUUUCUCCAAAUAUUGAAGACUUCGUUUACAUCACAGACAAUGCUUAUACCAGUUCCCAAAUUCGAGAAAUGGAAACUUCAAUCUUGAAAGAACUGAAAUUUGAGUUGGGUCGACCCUUGCCACUACACUUCUUAAGGCGGGCAUCGAAAGCUGGGGAGGUCGAUGUUGAACAGCACACUUUAGCCAAAUAUUUGAUGGAGCUGACUCUUAUUGACUAUGACAUGGUGCAUUAUCACCCUUCUAUGGUAGCUGCAGCUGCUUCCUGCUUGUCUCAGAAGGUUCUAGGCCAAGGAAAAUGGAACUUAAAGCAGCAGUAUUAUACAGGAUAUACAGAGGAUGAAGUACUGGAUGUCAUGCAGCACAUGGCCAAAAACGUGGUAAAAGUCAAUGAAAACCUAACUAAAUUCAUCGCCAUCAAGAAUAAGUAUGCAAGCAGCAAACUCCUGAAGAUCAGCACCAUCCCCCAGCUGAACUCCAAAGCCAUCAAAGACCUGGCCUCCCCUCUCAUGGGAAGGUCCUAGGCUGCCGUGGUCUCGGGAUGAGUGCUUCCUUCAUGGACUUUUUCCUCUAGUUUGGAACUCUUGAUUUUAUAUAUAGUCCUCUGAUCUGUUUACGAAACCUCUUCCCAGACAGAUUUUCUAAAUGUAUAUUCAGGAAAAAUAAAGCUAUUGAUUUUUCUUAAAGUA